CUAAACCCAAAGACUUUCAUGUUGGCCGCUUAUGUGUGUGCUUGCGUUGAUAUAUUAUUCACAGUGAUAUGUUAAGCCUGCAAAAUUGUCUGCACACUUCUCUGAAACGAGAGUGCUGCUGGAAGCUUUUCACAAAAUAACGCGCAGAUGUAAAAGAAAGCUGUUCACACAUUACAGACGGCUGCUCGGCAAAUAACAGAGUCGCAGAUCACGUUGUUUAGAGAUAACAGUGAGUGAUUUUCUGCUGCACUACGUCCACAGACGUCUGCUUUUCUUGACGUCAGGAGAAGUCUGAGCGCACGAGCACGGCUACCACAUCGCACCCAGCGCGAAGGAGAGCACACCACAGCUACACAUCGCCAUUUAGCUGUAGUGUGGCGAAUCCCAUCCACAUUGUAGGAUGCCUCUUGGAGAGGAUGGAAAUGGAUGGAAAAAGAAGACAUCAGACAUCAAAGAACAUUAUGACUUCAAAGAAGUGCUGGGAACGGGAGCUUUCUCAGAGGUGGUUCUAGCAGAGGAGAGGGGCACCCAGAGGCUGGUGGCCAUCAAGUGCAUCCCCAAGAAAGCACUGGAAGGCAAAGAGAACAACAUUGAAAAUGAGAUUGCCGUACUGCACAGGAUCAAGCAUCCUAACAUCGUGUCACUGGAGGACAUCUUUGAAAGUACAUCUCAUCUAUAUCUUGUCAUGCAGCUGGUGUCUGGAGGUGAGCUAUUUGACAGGAUUGUGGAGAAAGGUUUCUACACCGAGAGAGAUGCCAGCCAGCUCAUCCACCAGAUUUUAGAUGCAGUCAAAUAUCUCCAUGACAUGGGCAUUGUUCACAGAGACUUGAAGCCUGAGAAUUUGCUCUAUUACAGUAUGGACGAAGACUCCAAAAUCAUGAUCAGUGACUUCGGUCUGUCAAAGAUUGAGGGAGCAGACAGUGUCAUGUCCACAGCGUGUGGUACUCCAGGAUAUGUUGCUCCUGAGGUGCUUGCUCAGAAGCCAUACAGCAAAGCAGUGGACUGCUGGUCCAUAGGAGUUAUUUCUUAUAUCUUGUUGUGUGGAUAUCCUCCGUUUUAUGAUGAAAAUGAUGCCAAGUUAUUUGAGCAGAUCCUGAAAGCAGAAUAUGAGUUUGAUUCUCCAUACUGGGAUGAUAUUUCAGAUUCAGCUAAAGACUUCAUCUGUCACCUGAUGGAAAAAGAGCCUAUGAAAAGAUAUACAUGUGAGCAGGCCCUGCAGCACCCAUGGAUCUGUGGAGACACGGCUCUGGACAAGAAUAUCCAUGAAUCUGUCAGCGCUCAGAUCAAGAAGAACUUUGCUAAAAGUAAAUGGAAGCAAGCAUUUAAUGCCACAGCAGUGGUGCGCCACAUGCGGAGGUUGCAGCUGGGCACCAGUCUUGAGGGACCGAGCCAGAUUACUCCCACCAGUCCCUGCCAUGGACUUCUGCUCCCAGAGGAGGAGGAAGAGGAGGAGGAAGAUGAGCUGGGGAAUGGAGAGGAAGAGAGCUUGUCCCACUAUGAGGACGGCCGCCGUGGAAGCAACGAAGGUAGCGCCGAUAGAGACAGCCUGAGAAGCUGCACCUACUGCUGCAGGCCAGCCAGUCGCGUCUGAGCACAACCUCCUGUUGACAUGGUGACAUUUUAUCCCUGGAGCGCCCAGAGCCCACCCUGCCCAGUCUGGCCAGGAAUGCAGAGUAGUUAUCAGGCAGGGUCAACAGCAAGCAGGCCACUGUCACAGUGUGGAGAAACAUGCCACACGUUUUUAUCCCAGAAAACCACAAAAACACUUAAAAAACACAUCCUGACUUGAGAUUCACAGGUCAACUUUGCUGCAAAAGAAUGCACUGCUGAUUAAAAAAGGUCUCUCUGCAUGAUCAUCCUGAAAUAAGCCACCCCAGCAAUUAAACAUGUAGUUGUGAUUUGUGCAGCUGUAGCAGACAGGGUGACAUUUAAAAAAAAAGUGGUUUGGGAUGUUAGCUUCAGGAAGACUAGCAGCCUCUGAAGUUUUGUUUGAGAUUGAGGCGGCAGUUUAAAGGCAGUCUUCUCUUUUUAUUUUGGUUAUCACAUUAUAUGUCACAUCUACCUCUAACUGCAACUUCUGUCUGUCUGCACCCUCUACAUUACUGGCAGCUUUCCCAAAAAAUCCUGCCAGACAGGGCACAGAGAGGGAAACAGUGCUGAAAGCUACUCCUGCAUGUCUUAAUAUCCAUCAGUUUGGUUCAGACCAGUCACGGACCAAGUAGCUGUUUAGCCAAGCUCAUCUAAAGGCAUGCCGAUACCACCUCAUCGUAUGCUCAGUUCAAUUAUGCUGUCUUUUUUCUUAUUUAAAGAUAAAUUAAUGUAUUUUUCAACCUAGGGCCCAUUGUUCCAUUAGUUAAAACAGUUUGAGCCAGCUCAAAACAUGCACUUUUAUUUGUCCUGACAAGAUUGUCUGUGAUUUCUCUAAAGGAUAACAUUGUAGCCAUGAAAGCCAUGUUAGCAGAGCUUGUUGAGGCAGUUUACUGGAGUGAUUUCAAAACAGUUUAAAUCAAAGAUUCUACAUUAGGAUGGACUCAGGGGUUGAACUAAUGGUGCUUUUCCACAAAGCAGUCAGGUUUGGUUCAGUGCAGGAUGAAGUGCUGGACUGGUAAUCUGGCAUAUAGGACAUCCAGGCGGCAUCCUCUAACAUCAAAACAGUUAAAAAUACAGUGAAUGCACACAAUUUUAUUUGUCUAUGGCAUUUAUGUCUCAACUUUUUAACAGUUUGAGGAAAUCUUUUUGCAGACCUAUUAAAAAAGAAGAAGGACAGCAAAGCCCUGGUUUGCAUCAAAAAAUGCCAUGGCUAAAUUUUCUUUCCAGUCUAACGCUGUAGGUAUGGCAGACCUGACCACCGCUUACAUUUCAAAAAUCUAUGUCCGUCUGGCCUUGAUGCAAAUGCCAAACCCCUCUCUGUGUAUGGGAAAUAAAGAUUAUUUCAACCAGUCAGUGGACUACACUGUAGUGAGUCUAGUUCCACUCUUAAGAGUGUGAUAGGUACUGGUGGUACUGUAACAAAAGGGGGGCAAAAAGUAGGAUGGCAUGUAUGAGUUAUUUUGGUGCCUUUUGCAACUUUUGACAAUGGAAACACAAAUACUCGAGUACUUUACCAAACUGAACUGAACCAGACCACUUGGUGAAAACGCAGCUUGAAAGAUUUAGUGCUCCCCUGCUGACUGACUGCAGCAUAGGUCUUAAACCUUGCCUUCUCCAUGUUAACAGAUGGGACAUGGGUCAUGCAUUACCCAUUAAAUACAUUUUUAAGACCUUGAUUCUGUUGUGAAAAUAGAUAUGCUGAUUUAUGGCAAAGUGUUCAUUUUUCUGACUAGUCUUGUUUAAAUUAGUUACUAGACACAAAAAAGAGUCACGUAAAAUCAUGACUGACACUUAUAUUGUCAAAUGCAGCUACAUGCAGCCUUUUCAACUGGAUUGACCAGGGAAGAGGAGUAAAGUCUAGAGAUAAACUAAGCACACAGUCAUUUAAUUUCCAUAAACCAACACAGGAACUUGAUCUACCAUGGACUGCUCUGUUCUGAGUUUCCACUGAUAUUUGAUAGGUGCAUUAAAUGUGUGUUCAGUUAUUUGAAGGAGGGAGGGGUUAUUUCCACUGCUCUAGCAGUCAAAUCUCUUUGACUCACCUUACAUUACUGGGGCAAUACGUCAGCACCUGUCACAGGGGUCAUUUGGUUUCAUUUUUGUUCAAGAGAAUUUACAAAAAGUUUACCUAUUAGUUAUACACCUUUUAAAAUGUGGCCCAAGUUUAAAAAUGCAGACAUUUCCUUAAGUGUGUGUGUCAUUUAUAAAAGUAUUAAGUUCCUUUACUUUAGUUGAAAGCCUUUUUUGGAAAGAGGAGGUGAUUUGGGGGUUUCUGGACUCUAUAUUCUGGCUCAGACUGGGUUUGUGAAGGGUGGUUCUGACCUGGAGUGUC